AUAUUGUUGAAAGCUAGAGCUUUCCAAGCAAGGAUUUGAACUCUGCUUAUCUAGAGAUUACAAUAUACAAAACAAGAGAUUAAGGUGAAAACAAUGAGUGGUUUGUUCUACAUUUUUGUCAUCCUGGUGGCCUACCAAAUGGAUUUCCAAACCGUGCGUGGAUACACGUUAAUGCAGCAUCUCUCAAGACAAGCCUCUAAUCUCCAAUAUGGGUUGAAUUUGGCGAAUAAAUACAACCAUAGAUAUGGAGGUACUGGUGUAAAAGUUGCCUUUUCUGCCAGAACUUCUGGAAAUUAUUACUACUCGAGUGGAAACAUUAUAAAGUUUUCCUACGUCUACACAAACCAGGGUCUUUGUCUGAAAAAUGGACAAUACUUCAGUGCACCUCAUUCUGGACUGUUUGCGUUUAGCUGGUCUCUCCGAACAUAUUCUUCUCAUGUUGCCUACACAAGUAUCCGGGUAAAUGGAUACAUCAGACAAAAGAGUUUAUGUUACACUGGGACAACUUCGUAUGCUGAUUCAUGUUCCAAUACCGUUGUUCUGUCACUCAAUAGAGGCGACAAUGUUGGCAUAUACUCCGAUGCAUCGAAAGCCUAUAUUGCAUCAUAUUAUUCUUCAUUUGCCGGAUGGGAAUUGUAACAUUUGCAAAAAAUAAAACAAAUAAAAUGGCUCUGUUAUAA